UUCUAUUAAUGAGGAAAUCCCUACAUAUAUUGCAUUAGCCUAGCAUGAGUACCUACUUACCAGUAUGUUUAUCUGCAGCUACUAAGGUCAUUUACACGCAUUUGGAACACCAAACAUAGAAAUAGAGACUGUUUGUAUUCAGAUGUGUGCUGAUUGCUUGAGAAGAUGAACUCCUGGCAUAUUCUUAGGAUACCAGGCAAAUUGCCACAUUUCUACUGUAUACGUACGGUACAAUGUGUUCGCAAAUUAUUCUCAACACAAGUCAAUGAGGUUAUGUCCUCAUCAGGAGAGUCACAAGAUGUUUACAAGAGUGUUAUGAGGAAGGUGCCACAACCAGUGGUGGUUGUAACAACAUCCGAGUAUGAUAUCCUGAACAACAGAUGGCUGAAGAGAGGAAUAACAUGUACCUCCUUCAACAGUGUUUCCUUUGAACCAGCGGUGGUGUCCAUAUGUUUAAAACAUCCAAGUCGAAUGCAGGAUCUUUUAUUGAGGACUCAACAUUUUGCUGUCCAUGUUCUUGCCAGGGACCAGGUAAAGUAUGGUGUACAUUUUUCUCAACCAGUCAAAGAGGAUGUUUGCCAGUUCACCAGUGUACCUCACCAGAUAGGCGAAGAGGGUCUGCCUCUAAUAUCUGGAUGUUCAGCGGUUUUAGAAUGUACAGCUAAGUCUGUCCACACCGUCGGCGACCAUCAUGUAUGGUACGGAGAUGUGUGUAAUGCUGUAUUGAAUCAUAGCACGCCUGAUCCUCUGCUGUACUUUAUCAGGUCAUUUAGGUCUGUUGGAGACGAGAUAUUUUUGAAGGCAUUUGAGGAUGCUACAUUGCCCUUUGAGGACUGGACUCAUGAGGCACAUCUUAGAAUGGCUUGGAAUUACAUCAUGGAGCUUGGCAAAGAUGGAGCCACACCCCAUAUAAUAGAAGGAAUUAAGCAUUUUAAUGAACAAAACAUAGAUAAGGUGAAGUUUGGUUACCAUGAAACCAUCACUAGGUUUUACAUAUCUGUGGUAACAGACGCCAUUCUAAGGAGUGAUGAAGACCUUCAAUUUGAAAACUUCAUCUCCUCACAUACCUACCUCCUCGACAGGAACCUCCCCUCGCAAUACUACUCAAAAGACAGACUGUUUUGUCCAGAAGCACGUAAAAAAUUUGUUUCACCAGAUAUACGACCGUUGCCAUGCUGACAAGACUAGUAGCUAUUUCAUGUUAAAGUAUUGUGAUAUAUAUAUAAUAUAUAUUGCCUACAAUGUUUGUUACAAUGAUAUUUGCUUACUUUGCAAAAGUUGAACGCGAAGAUUUUACAGAGAUGCCAUAUGGAUAUUUAUUUUAAUAUUUAUGUUUGAUUUUAUACUCAAGUAUAUCCAAUCGGAGUAAAAACUGGUCACAGUUGUUUUCCUAUUGGUAGGACAGCUAAAUAAAUAUAUACCAGAUUGAAUGUUUGCUUGAUGGUUUUACCGCCCUGUGAACAACCAGGGUCAUUUUUAGGCAGGGUUUCCUUGUAGUAGUUGGUGGAUACCUCACAUAACAUAUGCCAUCGAGCAAUUGGUGUUAAGUUUUUUGCCCAUGGACACAACCACCACAGCACAAAGUGUUAAAUUUCUCAGAUUUCCA